AUGUACAGCAUAGAUGACCCAGCGUCUGCAGCUACUAUCUACAGCACGCAGAAUGUGUUCCCCAAAUCGAAGUGGUAUUUCACAUUCCAACAGCCUGACGAGCCCAAUAUCUUUUCGACCAAUAGCAACAAAUAUGCCGCCGAAAUGCGCAAGAAGUAUAAACCGGCAUAUGAUGCUUUCCAUAUGUAUGAAAGUUCGAUUGAUAAUUGCUCCAAUGCGCUAGUGCAGAAGCUCUCAGAACUGUCUGAGAGUGGCGAGAGUAUUGACAUCGGGUGGUGGGUGACUUGUUUCGCUUUUGAUGUAAAUGGUGAGAUCACGGUGAGUUACUCUAGUUCAAGGUCGCUAAUCCAGCAACUAAACGAAAUUCAGUUUUCGAAGCGGUUUGGCCAUCUUGAUAACGGGGAGGACAUUGGUGGCAUUGUAGCAGCACUUGCGGAAAGACUUGAUUACGUGUCCCAUAUUGGAAUCUACCCCUUCCUCCAUCCCAUUCUCUGGAAGCUGAUCAUGGCACUCACGUUCAUCACGAACAAAGUGGACUCAACGUAUGUCUUUGCAGAGCAACAAAUUGCCGACCACCAGCGUCGAGAAUUAGAGGAGGGGAAAUCGUCGGAAUCUCCUGAUAUGCUAGAUAGAUUCAUGAAAGCCCAUCGAGCUGACCCGAAUCAUUUUACUAAGAAUGAUGUUCUGAUCGGAGGUUAUACCAGUAUCGUUGCAGGUGCCGACACAACCAAAUAUGGGCUCUCGGCAGCAAUUCACUAUUUGCACGAGUAUCCGGAGACACUGCGCAAACUGCGAUCCGAGAUAGAUGAAUUGGCGGCGGAAGGGAAGAUUUCGGACCCAGUGACAUUCGAAGAAACGAAGACUAUGCCUUACCUCAACGCAAUCAUCAAGGAAGCUUUGAGAAUGCACUCACCGACAGGUUUUCCAUUGUGGCGCAUUGUACCAGAGUCAGGAGCGACGCUUUGUGGUCAUUAUUUUCCAGCGGGGACAACCGUUGGUGUCAACACUUGGGUAGCACAUUACUCGUCUGCAUUCAAUCCAGACCCAGAUGUGUUCCGACCUGAACGGUGGUUGGAAGGCAGUGGAGAAGAUUUGUCGAUGAUGAACGCCGCCUAUAUGCCGUUUGGUAUGGGUCCGAGAAAUUGCCAGGGCCAACUUAUUGCUCUUAUGGAGAUGGCAAAGGUCAUCCCUCAGUUACUGCGCCGACUUGACUUUGAAAUGAGUUCUGAAUGGGAGACAUUUAACCACUGGCUCGUGGGUCAUAAAGGCCUGAAUGGGAAAGUCAGGCUACGAGUAAGGGAUUGA